CAGUCGUUAAUGUUCUGUCGGUCGCUUCUCCAGUGGUGCGCAACGGGUGAAUCUGGACUGGCGAAGAAUAAAAAAAGGUGUUCCGUGUGUGCGCGACACGACGUGUGUCAGUGGUUGGUCGUUUUUAUAAAGCCCGUGUUAUGAUUGUUAUAAUUGGAUUGGGGCGUCGAGUUUCCGAUUACGCGCGCGUUUCCCGAAGCUGUCGCCCAUUAGGCUGAUGCCGAUCGACCCGACGACAGUGCGGCAGCGAACGGCUAAGUCAUCGGCAGCAGUCGGGUUGCAGUGGUGAGCUUCUCCAGCACGACGGUGAACCCAGCGGCGGCGGUGCGUUUGCCUAUGGAUUGCCAGCUCAGUAGAGGACGUGGCCCACUGCAAGCAACAAGCGAACCAUCCAUCAUCAUGAUGGCCAAUCGAUUCUGGUAGAAGGUGUGCUGCUUUGUGCUGUGCGGUGUGUCUUGUGGAGGUGAAGAAAUUCCCGAUCAACUGAAUCGCUUUAGCGAGCAGAGCCUUCAAGUGUCCCAUAAAACCAACCUCAGUGGCAUGUGUAGUAUGUGACUAACUCCACAACUCGCCUCUACUUAUCCGAUCCGAUCCGGAUCAGAUUGGGUAGGCUAAAACCCCCUCCGGGGAGCGGGUUUUAACUCAGUGUGGUUGCUCAUCUAAGUGGCUAGAAAAGGUUCGCUUGCAUAAUUUUGCGCUGGUGGGAAAAUUCGCCGAACGCCUCACUUACGCAUCGAAAGGGAGUGGGAUGCGUCUGGGUGCAUUUGUGAGCACGUGCCACGGCAGACAACAGGUUCUAAAAGUGUCCAGUGAAUCGCGAUUGAAUACCACAGUUUUUUUUAAGUUCAAUUCGGAGUGAUGUUCUUCUAUCCGUGGUGAAGAGCGAACCAAGCCGGUUCUGUCACCAAAACACAGCACAAACCGUUGGUGUCGUAUGUGGUUCCAUUGCACCACUAAUUAAAUAAUCACCGUGAACGAACAGACGGCAAGCGAAGUAGACGUGUGUGUUUACUGGUUCCUGUAACGGAGCCCAUCCACGAGCGGCAAGGCAAGGCCGAACCAGCAGCGCGUUUUGAACGGCUUUGAACGUUAAACCGCGCCAAACCUUAGGUAGCGUGGUGCAGCAGUAUUAGUAGCACGCGGAAUAUCGUUGUUACACCGGAAGCCACGGGACGCUACAGAACCAUGAACGGGAACAGGAGCAACAGUUCGGCCAAGCCAUCUUUAGAACCACCGAAAGAGAUGAAGGAGGAAGAGGAGGACGAAGCGGAGAUCCAGGAGAGUGAAAAGAUGCUGCAUGAGGAACCCUUCGAUUUGGAUGAACUACUCCCGGUGAUAGGAGAGUUUGGACGAUAUCAGAAGCUGUUGCUGUGGUUGAUAUGUCUUCCCGCCUGCAUACCCUGUGGGUUCUGCGCAUUCAAUCAACUGUUCAUGACGGACGUCCCGGAAGAGUACUGGUGUCGGGUGCCGGAACUAGAAAACUACACCGCCGAAGAGCGCAAAGCGUACUCGAUCCCGCUGGUGUUGCAUGACGGGGUGGAGAGUUACAGCAAAUGUUCCCGCUAUGCAGUGGACUGGAAAGAGAUAUUAAACUACAGUGACGAUCUUGAUGGGCCGCUGGCACCGAACAGCUCGUGGCCCACGGAACCGUGUCUGGAUGGAUGGGAGUACAACACCACCGUCGUACAGUCAUCGAUAGUGAUCGAUUUCAAUCUGGUGUGUGAUUACGACAUCUAUCCAACACUCGGGCUGGUAGCACUCAACACCGGUGGCCCGGUUGGUGUCUAUCUGUUCGGACUGCUCAACGAUCGGCUAGGCCGUCGGAUAUCGUACUUCUCCUGUCUGGCAACACUGCUCAUCGGUAGCUUCAGCCGGGUGAUCGUCGGUCUCACCAUACCGGCCGUCUAUCAAAUCCCAUUCAUCAUUGCACUCGAACUGGUCGGCCCGAACUAUCGAUCGUUCGUCACCGUAAUGACCUGUACAUUCUACACGUUCGGCAUCAUGAUGUUGGCCGGCGUUACCUACCUGAUCCGAGACUGGGUACAGCUAACCCUCUACACAUCCGUCCCAUUCCUACUCUAUUUUCUGUAUCUACUCGUAAUGCCCGAAUCUCCCCGCUGGCUAUUAAUGAAGGGGAAGCUUGAGGAAGCGUUACUUAUACUGGAAAAGAUGGCGAACGUCAACGGGAAGCAACUGCCAGACAGCUUCCGCAGAAGGUUACAGCAGCGUGUCCUGGCGGAGAAAAAUCGUACAACGAAGCGUACCGAGCCGACGAUCGGUGCGUUCGAUCUGUGCAAAACACCCAACAUGAGACUGAAGACGAUACUGAUCACGCUGAACUGGUUCGCCAAUGAGACGGUGUAUCUGGGGUUGAGUUACUAUGGGCCUUCGCUGGGGGAGAAUCAGUACCUUAGCUUCUUUCUGUCCUCGCUCGUGGAGAUACCGAGCUACAUUAUCUGCUGGAUCAUAAUGGAUCGAUGGGGAAGGCGAUGGCCGAUGUGUUUGCUCAUGAUACUGAGUGGUAUAAGUUGUAUAGUGACUGUCGUCCUUUCGGAAGAUGCCGUGACGGAGACGCUUAUACUGUAUCUACUCUCAAAGUCGAUGAUAUCGGCCUCCUUCCUGAUCAUUUACCCAUUCGCCGGGGAGCUCUAUCCAACGCAGGUUCGCGGGGUUGGUAUCGGAACUUCCAGCUACAUCGGUGGACUCGGUCUCAUCGUGAUCCCCUUCAUCACAUACUUGGGCAAAGAUAACCUUCGCCUACCACUCGUCAUCAUGGGAUGCGUUUCGGUUCUCGGUGGCUUCACCGGACUCCGGCUUCCCGAAACGCUACACCACCGCCUCCCGCAAACACUCGAAGAGGGUGAACUGUUCGGUCAAGACUGGACCUUCGACGAAUGUUUCCGGUGUAUCCCGAGCAAAAAGUCUCCUACAAGUUCGUACGAGAACCUGUCGCACGAUCCGUCCGAUGCCGCGCUGGAGCUAAAUGCCGCCGUCCCAAUCAACGCUGGCACGUUCGCAACCGGAUCGGGCUCGUGCUCCACCGAAAGGACACCGCUGGAGCUGGCCCGGAUAAGGCGCCAGUCGAUGAAGCGGCUCGUACGGCAGGCCAGCACGAUGGACACGCAGAAAACGAAGGAUGGUGCUAUGCAGCUGACUUACUGGUUUUAAGUUUGUGAUAUCGUACCGAGCAACGAAGCAAAAGACACAGACACCGUGGAUGUAUUUUUUUGUAUUAACAAUAAAGAAAUACGUAUAUGUAUA